AUGCCGCCAAAAGCAAAACCGGAUACUGGACUACCUGCCACCCCGGAGGAGUUGGCACGACUCAUAACCCAACACGUUAAUACUGCCUUGGAACAGCGCGAUGCUAACCAAAAUGAUGGCCAGAAACAUGAAUGCGGUACUCCUGGGCAGGAUCUUGGUGGGACACAGAUUGGAAACCCUUCAAUACACCAGAGCCGGUCUGAACCUGAAAUUGGAAAUUCGAAGAAGCGCAAACCCGAGAGCUCCAAGAAGACUCCUGAAGUUGGAAGUAGGAAGAAACGCAAAUUGGAGAAAGCAAGUGCAGCUAACCCUCAAGAGUCAGAAAAGGGUAAGGACGGCGAUGGACAAGAGAAGUGCGCCAGAUGUAGCCGAACCGGACAUGUGACUUCCCAGUGUUACGCUAAGAGUACAUUGGAUGGAGCUGUGCUUGAAGGAUGCUUUACGUGCGGUGGACAAGGACACUACAAAAGGGAAUGCCCGAAAUCGAAAGGACAGGACGUUAAGAUUAAUUUCGUUGGGACAAGUGUCAGGAAGGCAAGUGAGAGCCCUGCUAUUGUUACCAGUAUGUUUCAAAUCACAAGCCAUUGUUGUGUUCACCUGUAA